UCGGAUUGCUAGAGAAGACAGGAAGUUGACAAGGCAGGAGGCCAGUCCUCCAGAGCAGCCUGCCUUUGCCUCCACAGUUCCAGGCCCUGGGCUGCGAGAGAAGUAGGAUCAGAAGUCCGGAGGUCAGGCCCUCGGAGGAGCGACUGAGGGAGCUGGGUCCAUCUCGCUUGGAGAAGAUAAGGCUGAGAGAAAGGGACAUGACGGUUCUGUUUAAAUAUUGGAGAGAAACCAUUCAGAUACCCAAACUGUGAGAAGUGUUUUGCUCAAAUGCCAUGUCUUACAAGACACCAGAAAGUCCUGCAAACAGUUCACCCCUUGUGUGCCGCAAGAGGCCGCAUGUAGGAGAGAAGCUGUACAAAUGCCAGGAGUGUGAGAGAUGUUUUGCCCGUAAUGCAGACCUUGUGAGACACCAAAGAAUCCACUCAGGGGAUAAACUGUAUAAAUGCCAGGAAUGUGAGGAAUGUUUCGUUCACCAUCAACAACUCGUAAGACACCAGUUAUCCCAUACAGAGGACAAAGCGUACAAAUGCCAGGAGUGUGGGAAAUGUUUUUCUCAGAAUGUAUACCUUGUGACCCACCUGAGAGUCCACACAGGAGAGAAACCGUACAAAUGCCAAGACUGUGGGAGGUGUUUUGCUCAGACGUCAUGCCUUUUGAGACACCAGAGGCUGCACACAGGAGAGAAACCAUACAGCUGCAAUGAAUGUGGGAAAUGCUUUGCUCACAGUUCAUCCCUUGUGUACCACAAGAGACUCCACACCGGAGAGAGACCUUACACAUGCCAGGAGUGUGGGAAAAGCUUUGCUCGGAACGCACACCUUGCGGGGCACAAGAGAAUCCACACGGGAGAGAAACGGUUUAAAUGCCAGGAAUGUGGGGCAUGUUUUGUUCACCAUCAACAACUAGUAAGACACCAGUUAAUCCAUACAGGAGAGAAAACAUACAUCUGCAGUGAAUGUGGAAAAUGUUUUGCUCAGUAUGAAUACCUUGUGACCCACCAGAAAUACCACACAGGAGAGAAACCACACAUCUGCAAUGAAUGUGGAAAGUGUUUUGCUCACGGGUCAUCUCUUGUGUAUCAUAAGAGAGUCCAUACAGGAGAGAAGCCAUACAAAUGCGAGUAGAAUGAAAAAUGUCUUUCUCAGAAUGCACACCUUGUGACCCAUCAGAGACUCCAUGGAGGAGGAGACGCACAGAAAUGGUAAAAGCAUUUGAAAUCAUGUGCCUCGCAGAAGUGAAAAAUCAUGAAAAGAUAUAGUGAGUUUUCUCUUUCAUUGUUAAAUAGUUUUUGGCAGUUUUAAAUUCUAACUAAUAUUUUGUUAGGUUCUCCUUUGUUAUAAUAUUAUUAUUGUGUUGUCGAAAGCUUUUAUGACCGGAAUCACAGGGUUGUUGUGUGUUUUCCAGGCUGUAUAGCCAUGUUCCAGAAGUAUUCUCUCCUGAUGUUUCACCCAUAUCUAUGGUAGGCAUCCUUAGUGGUUGUGAGGUCUGUUGGAAACUAGGGAAAUGGGAUUUAUCUAUCUGUGGAAUGUCCAGUGUGGGAGAAAGAACUCUUGUCUGUUGGAGGCAAGUGUGAAAGUUACAAUUGGCCACCUUGAUUAGCAUUGAAUAGCCUUGCUACUUCAAUAAUAAUAAUAAUAAUAAUAAUAAUAAUAAUAAUAAUAAUAAUACUUUAUUUAUACCCCGCCACCAUCUCCCCAACGGGGACUCGGGGCGGCUAACAUGGGGCCAUGCCCAGAGCAAUACAAUAUAAUAAAAUAUAAAAACAGCAUAUCAUAGCACAAUUAAAAGUAAUACAAUAGAUGUUAAUAGACAUUACAUCAAGAAAUCAAAGAAACAGUAAAACAAGGGCAGGCCGCAUGAACACAAAGAUAAAACCCGGAGUGAGAGGGACAGAGGGGUACUCCACUGUGGACAGGGACACAUGAAAGUGGGGCAGUCUAGAGGAUAGAUGUUGAGGGGGGAGUAACACAGAAAUAUAUAACAGAAAUUACUUACCGAAAGCACAGGGGAAGAGCCAUGUUUUCAAGUCUUUCCUAAAAGCUAACAGAGUGGGAGCUUGCCUGAUUUCAGUAGGUAGUGAAUUCCAUAGUCGGGGGGCCACAGCAGAAAAGGCCCUCUCCCUUGUACUCACAAGGCGGGCCUGGGAUAUAGACAGUGGUGAUAAAAGGGCCUCCUCGGAUGAUCGCGAAGAUCGGGCAGGUUUAUGCCUGGCUGCUUCCUGCCUGGGGGAAUCCUUUGUUGGGAUUUUUAAUACUUGUGUUAGCUGCCCCUGAUUGCUUCAUGUCUGAAAUUCCCCUAAUUUCUGAGUGUUGUUCUUUAUUUACUGUCCUGAUUUUGGAGUUUUUAAAUACUGAUAGCCAGAUUUUGUUCAUUUUCAUGGUUCUGGAAAUUUUCUGCUUCUGGAACAUGGCCAUACAGCCCCAAAAACUAGCAGCAACCCAGUUAUCCAAUGUCUCCCAAUUAAUUUCAUUUCUCAGUGGGAGCUAGAAUUGAAAUGCAAUUGGCCACCUUAAUUAUCAUUGAAUAGCUUAGUUUCCAACAGACCUCACAACCUCUGAAGAUGCCUGCCAUAGAUGUGGGUGAAAUGUCAGGAGAGAAUGCUUCUGGAACAUGGCCAUACAGCCUGGAAAACUCACAGCAACCCAGUGAUUCUGGCCAUGAAAGCCUUCGACAACACAAAGAAUGAUAGUCACAGCGAUAUACAACAAACUUGGUUUAUACAUUACUAAUUUACUAACAGAUGAUCUUGAAUGUUUAGAUUCUUUAAGGAAUAAUUAGAUUCAGAUAAAGACUUAAAAGGAACAAUUUGACAAGAGUAACUGAGAUGGACUUUUACAGAAGAAAGCCGGAAAAGAAAGAACAAUAUGAGAGAAUACAAGAAGACACGGACAUUGGAUUUAAAACUAAUUAAUAAUAUCACUCUUCUGUUUGCUUUAGAGGAUAUAAUGAACUUUUAAUACUUUAAGUAAUAAAAAUAAGUGUAAUUGAUGUAAUAAUAACUAUGUACAUAUUCUCUUGUUUUUCCACCUCCCCCUGAGAAAUAUUAGAUAUCAGUAAAGACUAAACUUACUAACAAUAACCCCAAAACCCCCACUUCUCAUUUUCCUUUCUUACCUGCGUUUUAUACGUUUCCUCCUUGUAUGUGUGUUGAAAAAAAUGGAAAUGUCUAAUAAAUACAUAUAUAUCUA